GACGCAUUUUUGGUUCGGCCAGAGAAGGGAAGAAAAAAUCAGCACAUUAAGCAUUUAACAGUUGUCAAGGAUUCCAAAAAAAAAAGAAAUCACAUUUCUCUGCCUCUCGUGAUCGUCUCUCUCAUUCCGCGUUUUCUCUUUUCCAUUGACCAGCUUCAUCAAACUACCAUAAACCAAGACGAAUUGUUUGCUUGAUUUUUUUUUUCUCCUGAAAAAAUACCAGCAUCCAUGGCUGAUGGCGAUAAAAAGGAGGAGAAGGUAGACGAGAGGCUGGAAUUCCUGUGGAAUUACAUAAUGAAGACCAUGCGACUGAAACAGGAAAAGUGGAAUAAAAUGAUAAGCACCAAUGAAUACAAGGAAAUCGUUAAUGGAUUCCUAAAUGAACCCUACGAAGAACGCAUAGUUUUCACCCUGAAUGCUGCCUCACAAUUGGUGCCUUCAUAUCGUUUUCCUGAGAAACCCUUAAAUAAAAUGGUAUAUUUUGUAAGAAAUGAGACGCCAAUCAGCUUGACUAUGGCCAACAUGAGUAGUUCUUUGAUGAUUGGGGAUUUGUUGCCAAAUGUUAUGGAGAAUCUGUCGGUGAUUUGUGAUGACGUCAUCAUACCCUUGCUAAAUAAUCCCGCCAAUCAAACUGGAUGGACUUCGAUAAUUGUGAAUGAUAUGAAGAUCGAAUCUCAGAAUCUACGUCAUGGUAUUGCACAAAUGAAGGGAUGGCUUACGAAUCGCACUAUACUGCCAAUGCCCUUAUGCAUUGAUGAGGUAAUGGCCAGUGCUCCAGCUAUAGCAAAAGGCGAUCUUAGUAAAGUCAAUCAUAUGAUGAAACAAUCCCUGGAACAUAUGGUAAGCAAAUGGCUGGAAUCAGUGGAAGAACUGGUACAUGUGAAGCCCAGAGAUAAAAUCUUUUCCAAGGAACCAUUUCCGCGACCUGAACAUUUAUUUAAUUAUUGGGAGGCUCGUUUAGAGAAUUUGGAGAAUUUGGCUGACCAAUUAAGGGAUAAACGUGUCAAGACAAUAGGUUUCAUUCUAGAAAAAAUACACUCUGUAUUUGAAAACAACUUUCGACAGAUUGUCGUCCAGACCUUUGAGGCCUUGGUCGAAGCAAGAGACAUAACCAAAUAUCUGGCACCAUUGAAAAAAAUGGUGGACAAAUUUGAAACAGCCGAUAUGGAUGAGAACCGCUCCAGCAUUAGGCCUCUACUGCUCACUGUUGGUCUGGUAUGGGGCCAUUCGAAAUAUUUUCACACCUUGGAAAAUAUGGUGCUACUAUUUCAACUACUUCACAACACCCUUAUCGAAUGUUCCAUGCGCACCAUAGAAGCAGACUCCAUAUUUCAAGGUGGAAUGGAUGAAGCUUUCAAAAGAGUCCAAACCAAUAUCGGGCAUUUACAGUACUAUCGCACCAUUUACAAAGAGACUCGAAACUCUUUGAAGAAAUUUAAAAUUGGCACUGAAUUCAAUUCCCAAGAUUGGACCUGGCAUCCUGAGGAUAUAUUUGGCCGGUUUGAUAGAUAUAUAGCUCGGCUGGAAGUUCUGCAUGAACUCUUCGAAACUGGUCAAGAUUUUAUGAAACUGGAAAAGAUUGUUGUGGGUGGUUUGAAGGGCGGUCAAAUAACCCAUAGUAUUGAGAAAAUCCUAGAAGAGUACAACGGCUACUAUCGUGAAUGGUCAAAUAUUCAAUAUAAUCCUUUGGACCCAGAUGCCCCAAAUUCCACAUUUCCAGCUGAUCGCGAUGCCUUUAAAGAUAAAACCGAUAUCUUGGAACGUAAACUGGCGCUUCAAUUUCAACUAGCCUUGGAGGAUUCACAUGAACUUAUGUUGUGUGGCACACUGCUAUUGAGACCCAUUAUAAAGGCCCAUUUGGAUCCAUACAUGCACAUACUGGUCGAUGACUUUUUGGAAGAAAUUGAAGCGGUUAAAAUAGAUUUCAAUGCCUUUGCAAGGACCUACAGAGAAAAAGGAGUUUAUGAUCUACCCUCAGAUGUUUGUUUUGCUCCAAUUUCAGGAGCAAUAGCCUAUCUAAAUAAACUAGAACAUCGCAUAAAAUGGAUGCGCACAGAUUAUGAACUCUAUGAAUAUCCGCUUUGGGAAAAUGAACAUGGCCAGUAUACCAUGUCUCUGUAUGAAGAAAUGAUUGAAGAGUUUACCACCAUGAGGCAAACAAUUUUGGAUUAUUGGACAGCAGAAGUAAAGAAACACAUAGACGAAGGAAUGAAUCUGCCUCUACUCUCCAAAGAUGAAGAGGGUCAAUUGUCAGUGAAUUUUAAUAUAUAUCUUAAGGAUGCUCUUAAAGAUACCAAAUAUAUGUUGCUCAUGAACUGUGAGGUACCCCCAGAGGCUAAGGAAUAUUUCGAUAAGGAAGAACCGCUAUGGGAAGCCCGCCUUAAACUUGAAAGAAUUGCCGAAUGGUAUAAUGAUAUAAAUACUCGAGCCAAAGCCAGUGAAAAAGCUCUGAUACAGGCCGAAUUAAUGCUCUAUGAAUUGUUUAUGCAACCCUUAUUGGAUACAGUGACUUGGAAUAAUUUUGAACAAAAUUUCAUUGUGAAUAUUUUCUCGAAAAUCGAAUAUCUGCACAAACGUUUGCUGCUAUGCCAAGCUAAUGUUGUAGCCAUUAAGAAGAGCAUUAACUCUUGGGGUAAACAGCCACUGUAUCAACGUAAACAUCGUCAACCGAAUGCUUUGCUGGAAACUGAGCCCCGCAUGGAAAUCCUAAGCCGUCGAGUGGCCCAAGCCAGUGAUACGGCCCUGCUAAUUGAUCGUCUGAUGUAUAAAAAUGCCAAACUUCUUUUUGAUAUACCCAGACGUUUCGAAAUUGCCCAGAAUGAUGGAGAAGAAGUAGCAGAAGAAAAUGAAGAAGGGGAUAAAGCCAAAGAAACUGAAAACAAAGAACCCAAAGUAUCCCCCAGAAAAUCUGCAAAGCGCCUUAGUCUAGCCCUUAGUGAAACGGAGGGUGACGAAAAUUCUAUAACUGCUUGGCAUCGUUUUGAAAUGUUGCAAACCCUAAACGAAGAAGAACGAGAACUUUUCCGAGACUAUGAAAAAUAUGUAGACGAAGAAAUUGCCAAAGAACUGUUGGAUGCUGUCAUUACCAGCAUUACCUAUUUACGCAUGGAAAUAGAGAAUCGUUAUGAACAUUAUGCUCCUUUGUUUGAAAUUUUAAUGGAACUGCAGGAACCUCAUGUGGCUUAUUUUCCAGAUGUAGAUCCUUCCUCGAAAUAUAGUUUCAACUCUCUUGUGGAAACGCUAUUUGAUGAUAUCUAUCACAUGAUGGAGCUAUUGCCAAGAUGUGCACAGGAUCCAACGGAGCUUGAAGGAGAUCCUGAAGAUUUUGGAGCUGAAAUUGCGGAUAAAGCCGAAAUUCACAAACAUCGCGCUGAUAUUUUGAACAAAGUCAGGGUGGAGUUACAAUCCAUAAGGCAUCAUGUAAAGCCCUUCAUGGAAUAUUCCUACAUUUGGUUGUGGGAUAAGCAACAAUAUUUGGCUGAAGUCAAGAAAUACGGAAGACCUUUGACUACCAGUGAACGAUAUGAUGAAUUGGAGGGUACCAGUGUGGUUAAGCCCUUAAAAGAUGAAAAUAAUCCGCCAAUGAGUGUUUAUAGCCAACAGCUGGAUAAGUUUAUUGCCUUAGAGGCUGAGUUUAGCAAAUGGGAGACCUAUCAGGACUUUAGUGUUUGGCUGCGUCUAAAUAAAAAGGGUUUCAAAGGGGCUGUACUCAAUCAAGUGGGUAAAUGGAUAAGCCUUUUCAAAAUGGAUCUCAUAAAUCGUGUGAAGAACUCUUUAACAGAAUUGGACUCAUUUGUUAAAGAAGCCAAUGAGGCUCUUAAAAUUGAACUUACCAAAGAUGACUUGGAUGGGCUUAUACAGAUCCUGUCAGUGCUCAAUACCAUAAAUGAGAAGCAAUUCAUAUAUGAUUAUAUAUUUGAGCCCUUAAAGGAAAUUGUUGACCUAUUGAAAUUGUACAAUUAUGAGUUUAAAGAUUAUGAACUGCUGAUGUUGAAUGAAUUACCUGAUAAAUGGAAGAAAAUCAAAAUGUCGGCCGCCACUGUGAAACAAACCAUUGCGCCCAUACAACGCUAUCAGGUGGAUCUUCUUGAGAAGCGUAUAAUGCUGUGUAAUAGUAUGUCGAAAACUUAUCGCAAGACGUUCCUUAAAAAGCAGUUCUUCCACGUCCCUUGCCCCAAAGUCUAUGAACUGAUCGAUGAAGCUGAUAAAGAAAUCACUGAACUUGAGCGACGUCAUGCCUCACUUUGUGACUCUGCCCUACUUUUCGCUUUGCCAGGCCCGGAGCCACAAAAAAUCGAAGCAUGCCGCCGAGAUUUACAAUUAAUGAAAAUUAUGUGGGACUUCAAUAUAUCCAUAGCCUCAACCAUAGAGGAUUGGAAGAAAACACCCUGGAAGAAAAUCGACAUUGAUGUCAUGGAUCAGGAAUGCAAGAAAUUUGGCAGGGAAUUGCGUGCCCUGGAUAAGGAUAUGCGUAAUUGGGAACCCUAUUUGCAUAUAGAAAAUUCCCUCAAGAAUUUGAUGACCUCCCUGAGAGCGGUAACUGAACUACAAAAUCCAGCCAUACGUGAUCGUCAUUGGCUGGAAUUGAUGCAGACCACCCGCGUCAAAUUACGCAUGGAUGAUUCGACUACUCUCAAGGAUUUGAUCGAUUUGAAUCUGCAUAAUUUCGAAGAGGAAGUAAAAAUGAUAGUUGACAAGUCGGUAAAGGAAAUGGCCAUGGAGAAGGUGUUGCGUGACAUCAGCAAUACAUGGACGGUUAUGGAAUUCCAGGCGGAGGCCCACGAUAGAACGGGCACUAAACUCAUCAAGGCCAGUGAGGAGAUGAUAGAGAUACUGGAAGAGCAACAAGUACAACUCCAGAAUAUGGCUUCCUCUAAGUUUGUGGGCUAUUUCCAGAAUGAGGUAACCAACUGGCAGCAUAAGCUCUCGAAUGCCGAUCAAAUCAUAGGCGCUUGGUUUGAGGUGCAGCGCAAGUGGACCUAUCUGGAGAGCAUUUUCAUUGGGUCCGAAGAUAUACGCUCCCAAUUGCCGGAGGACUCCAAACGCUUCGACUUCAUUGAUCGCGAAUUCAAGAAUCUACUCACCCAGAUGAAUGCAGAUCGAAAUGUGGUGCGUUCCACCAAUCGUGCGGGUAGCAAACUCUAUGAUCAGUUAGAGAAUUUGCUGAAGUUGUUGCUGCUAUGCGAAAAGGCUUUGAAUGAAUAUUUGGAAACGAAACGUCUGGCCUAUCCCCGUUUCUAUUUUGUCUCCUCGGCUGAUCUGCUGGAUAUACUCUCCAAUGGCAAUAACCCCAAAAUGGUUUGCAAGCAUUUGACCAAACUCUAUGACUCCAUGGGCUCGCUGACCCUCAUACCCAAUUCCAAGUUGGCACGAGGCAUGGUGGCCAAGGAGCAUGAGGAGUAUGUGCCUUUCCUGGAAAAUUGCGAUUGCAGCGGCAAGGUGGAGGUUUGGCUUAGUCGGGUAACUGAAAAAAUGCGCAACACUCUGCGCGAUCAAUUUCGCAGAGCUGUCAUCUCCUAUGAGGAUAAGCCUCGCCAUGAAUGGAUUUUCGAUUGGCCUGCUCAACCCGCCCUGGUGACCACUCAGAUCUGGUGGACCGCGGAGACCAAUGAUGCCUUUGCCAAAGUGCAACAACGUCAUGAGAAUGCCCUCAAGGAUUACAACAAAAAACAGGUGAUGCAAUUGAAUCAUCUCAUCAAUCUGCUGCUGGGCGACCUUACCGCUGCGGAACGUCAAAAGAUCUGCACCAUCUGCACCAUUGAUGUGCAUAGUCGUGAUGUGGUGGCCAAAAUUAUCUCGGCCAAUGUGGAAGUGGUCACUGCCUUCCAAUGGCAAUCUCAGCUGCGCCAUCGCUGGGAUGCCAAAUUCGAUGAUUGCUUUGCCAACAUAUGCGAUGCCCAAUUCCAAUAUGACUACGAGUAUCUGGGCAAUACCCCAAGACUGGUCAUUACACCGCUAACGGAUCGUUGCUAUAUAACACUGACACAAUCUUUGCAUUUGAUUAUGGGCGGAGCUCCUGCAGGACCUGCUGGCACUGGCAAAACGGAAACCACCAAAGAUUUGGGUCGUGCCCUAGGCAUGAUGGUCUAUGUCUUCAAUUGCUCCGAACAAAUGGACUACAAAUCCAUAGGGGACAUCCACAAAGGCCUGGCCCAGACCGGCGCCUGGGGUUGCUUUGACGAAUUCAAUCGCAUCUCGGUUGAGGUGCUCUCUGUGGUCGCUGUUCAGGUGAAAUGCAUACAAGAUGCCAUUAAAGCCAAAAAGGUAAUGUUCAACUUCCUGGGUGAAAUUAUUGUGCUACGUGCCACUGUGGGCAUGUUCAUCACCAUGAAUCCGGGCUAUGCCGGACGUGCCGAACUGCCGGAAAAUCUAAAGGCUCUAUAUCGACCUUGUGCCAUGGUCGUGCCUGACUUUGCCUUAAUCAGUGAAAUUAUGUUGGUGGCCGAAGGUUUUCAGGAGGCACGUUUGCUGGCUCGCAAAUUCAUUGCUCUGUAUGAGCUGUGCCGUGAGCUGUUGUCCAAACAGGACCAUUACGAUUGGGGUUUGCGUGCCAUCAAAUCCGUCUUGGUUGUUGCCGGCGCCCUAAGGCGUGACGAUCGUCUUCGCCCUGAAGAUCAAGUGCUAAUGAGAGCAUUGCGUGAUUUCAAUAUACCCAAAAUUGUGACAGAUGAUUUGCCCGUAUUCAUGGGUCUCAUUGGUGAUCUAUUCCCCGCCUUGGAUGUACCACGCAAGCGAAAUUUGGAAUUCGAAGCUGUUAUCAAAAAAUCAGCCAUAGAUCUUAAACUGCAGCCGGACGAUGGUUUCAUUUUAAAAAUUGUCCAAUUGGAGGAGCUAUUCGCCGUUCGUCAUUCGGUGUUUGUCAUAGGUUUUGCGGGUACUGGCAAAUCGGAAGUGUGGAAGACUUUGAACAAAACCUAUGCCAAUCAAAAACGCAAGCCUCACUACAAUGACAUCAAUCCCAAAGCGGUAAGCAAUGAUGAGCUCUUUGGCAUAGUCAACCAGGCAACAAGAGAGUGGAAGGAUGGUCUUUUCUCCAUUACCAUGCGUGAUCAGGCCAAUAUGGGAGGCACAGGGCCCAAAUGGAUUGUACUUGAUGGUGACAUAGAUCCCAUGUGGAUCGAAAGCUUGAACACGGUGAUGGAUGACAAUAAGGUCUUGACUCUGGCCAGCAAUGAGCGUAUAGCCUUGACCAAGGAAAUGCGUUUGCUUUUCGAAAUCGCCAACUUGAAGGCGGCCACACCGGCCACAGUAUCGAGGGCGGGAAUUCUCUAUAUCAAUCCUCAAGAUCUGGGAUGGACUCCCUUCAUAUUGUCUUGGCUCAAUACACGCCCCAAUCAAUCGGAGGUGGCCACUCUAAACGUGCUCUUCGACAAAUAUGUGCCACCCAUGCUGGACGCCUUUCGAGUGCGUUUCAAGCGCAUUACCCCCAUCUCGGAUAUAGCCAUGCUGCAGAUGACCUGCUUCCUCUUGAACAGUUUACUCACGCCACAAAAUGUUCCUGCCGACUGUCCCAAAGAUUGGUAUGAGAUCUAUUUUGUGUUCUGUGUGGUAUGGGGUUUUGGCUCGACUCUCUUUCAAGACCAGAUUAUCGAUUGGCGCAAUGAGUUUAGCAAAUGGUUUAUAAACGAAUUUAAGGCGGUUAAGUUUCCAGACUCGGGAAACAUUUUUUCCUAUUAUGUGGAUCAGGAGACAAAAAAAUUUCGCCCUUGGACUGAUUUGGUGCCAGGCUUUGAAUUGGAUCCCGACAUACCUUUGCAGGCGAAUUUGGUGCAUACCUCAGAGACAACUCGCCUGCGUUAUUUCAUGGAUGUUUUGAUACAAGACAAUUAUCCCAUAAUGCUUAUAGGAGCUCCAGGAUCGGGCAAGACCAUUAUCAUGAAUUCCAAAUUGAACUCAUUGCCCACAGAGAAAUAUGCGGUGACCAAUGUGCCAUUUAAUUUCUAUACCACUUCGGAAAUGUUGCAGCGCAUUCUAGAGAAGCCCUUAGAGAAGAAGGCCGGCCGCAACUAUGGUCCCCAGGGUAAUAAGAAAAUGCUGUACUUUGUGGAUGAUAUGAAUAUGCCCGAGGUGGACAAGUACGGCACCGUGCAACCGCAUACAUUGAUACGCCAAUUUAUGGAUUAUCGCCAUUGGUAUGAUCGUGUUAAGAUGACGCUGCGAGACAUUCACAACUGUCAAUUUGUUUCAUGCAUGAAUCCAUCGGCGGGUUCGUUUACCAUUAAUCCACGAUUGCAGCGCCACUUCUGCUCAUUUGCGGUAAAUCAACCUAGUGCAGAUGCCCUCUUCCAUAUACUCAACUCCAUUUUAUCCCAACAUUUGGAGAAUCCCAUUCACAAAUUCAACAAACAAGUCAUAAGCCUUUGUGAGCCUUUGGUAAGAUCUGCCAUCGAUUUGCAUCAGAAAGUGGCUUCGACUUUCUUGCCUACGGCUGUCAAAUUUCAUUACAACUUCAAUUUGAGAGACAUUUCGAAUAUAUUCACGGGAAUGCUUUAUUCCAAUUUUGAAACAUGUCCAAGCCCCAAUUUGCUGCUACGUUUGUGGGUCCAUGAAUGCAAUCGGGUAUAUGGCGAUAAGUUGGUGGACAACAGCGACAUAAAAAACUUCAAUAAGAUCAUGCUGGACACUGUGCGCAAGGGUAUCGAAAGCUUUAACGAGGAUGCGGUCUUUGGUAAACCCCACAUCUAUUGUCACUUUGCCAAGGGUUUGGCCGAUAGCAAAUAUAUGCCGGUUUCUGAUUGGGAGCGCCUCAAUAAGUUAUUGGAAGAGGCUCAAGAGCGUUACAAUGAUUUUGUGGGAGCCAUGAAUUUGGUGCUCUUCGAGGAUGCCAUGGCCCAUGUUUGCCGCAUAAGUCGCAUAGUGGAAUCAUCGCGGGGCUAUGCUUUGCUGAUAGGUGUCGGUGGUUCUGGUAAACAAACCUUGACUAGAUUGGCUGCUUUUAUUUCUUCCUUGGAUGUCUUCCAAAUUCAACUGACCAAGGAUUAUGGUAUCAAUGAUCUGAAGGCCAACAUAGCCGCUUUGUAUAUGAAAUGUGGUGUAAAGACUUCACCCUGCUGCUUUCUGAUGACAGAUGCCGAGGUGGCCCGAGAACAAUUUCUGGUAUUGGUCAAUGAUUUAUUGGCCUCCGGUGACAUUCAUGAACUGUUCCCCGAUGAUGAGGUGGAGAAUAUCAUCAACGCCGUACGCAAUGAAGUCAAACAAUUGGGUAUAAUGGACAACCGAGAAAAUUGCUGGAAAUAUUUCAUUGAGAAGGUGCGGGGGCUGCUGAAGGUUGUUUUGUGUUUCUCACCCGUGGGCACUACCUUGAGAGUGAGGGCUCGUAACUUUCCCUCACUGGUCAAUUGCACUACCAUCGAUUGGUUCCAUGAAUGGCCCCAAGAGGCCCUGCAGUCCGUUUCUUAUCGCUUUCUGCAAGAGAUUGAUGUACUCCCCGCAGCUCUGGCUCCUCCUGUCUCUCGUUUCAUGGCCUAUGUCCAUAAGACCGUCAAUGAUAUAUCCAAAGUCUAUUUGCUCAACGAUAAACGCUACAACUAUACCACUCCCAAAUCGUUUCUGGAGCUUAUCAGCCUAUACACCAAACUGCUUAAGGAGAAGGUUAAGGCCAACCAGGAUCGUAGAUUCCGCUUGCAGAAUGGUCUCAUCAAGCUGGCCAGCUGCUCCAAAGAAGUUGAUGAACUGCAGGAGAAGCUCAAAGUGCAGGAGGUGGAAUUGAAAAUAAAAAACGAACAAGCCGAUAAUCUGAUUAAGGUGGUGAGCUCGGAAAACGAAAAAGUCUCGAAGGAAAGAUUCAUAGCCUCACAGGAGGAGAAGAACGUGCGACAAAUCGAAGAAGAUGUUACGGCCAAGGCCAAGCUAUGUGAAGAGGACUUUCUGAAGGCUCAACCUGCUCUGCUGGCAGCCCAAGAGGCCUUGAACACCCUGAAUAAGAACAAUCUAACGGAACUGAAAUCCUUUGGCUCCCCUCCAGAGGCUGUAGUGAGUGUCUGUUCCGCAGUUUUGGUACUAUUCGCCCAAAAGGGCAAGAUACCCAAAGACAGAAGUUGGAAAGCCUGUCGCCAAAUCAUGGGCAAUGUUGAUAAGUUUCUGGAUAACCUGAUCAACUAUGACAAGAAACAUAUACACCCGGAUAUUAUCAAGGCCCUACAACCAUAUCUGGCAGAUCCUGAAUUUGAUCCAGAGAAGAUUUUGGCUAAAUCCUCGGCAGCAGCAGGUCUCUGCUCUUGGGUUAUAAAUAUAAACAAAUUCUAUGAAGUCUACUUGGUGGUGGAGCCCAAGGAGAGAGCUUUGAUAGAGGCCGAACAGGAAUUGACAGAUGCCCGCGAUAAAUUGACAGCCCUUAAUGAUCGCCUCAAUGAGCUGGAGAAAGAGCUAAAUGUCUUGCAAAUGGAUUACGAUGAAGCUUUGGCCAAAAAGCAAAAAUGCCAGGAUGAUGCAGAUAAAACCGCAUUUACCAUUGAUUUGGCUAGACGUUUGAUUGGCGGCCUGGCCUCGGAAAAAAUACGUUGGACGGAAUCUGUUAAAAGCUUACAGAGCAGCCAUGAAACCUUACCCGGUGAUAUUCUGCUUAUUGCUUGUUUUAUCUCCUAUGUGGGUUGUUUCACCAGAACUUAUCGAGCAGAAUUACAAACUAAAAUGUGGCAACCAGCAUUUAAGGCCAGUGAACCCCGCAUACCCUCAAGUGAAGGUUCGGAUCCCUUUGAAAUGAUAUGUGAUGAUGCCCAAAUUGCCGAAUGGAAUAACCAGGGUUUGCCCAGUGAUCGCAUGUCAGCGGAAAAUGCUGCAAUUCUAGUGCACUCAGAACGUUACCCAUUGAUGAUAGAUCCACAACUUCAAGGCAUAAAAUGGGUUAAAAAUAAAUACAGCAGCAACAUUGUGAUCUUGCGUCUUAGCCAACGUGGCUAUCUGGACCAAAUCGAGAAGGCUGUAACCAAUGGCAAUGUAUUGCUGUUGGAAAAUAUAGGAGAAAAUAUCGAUGCCGUGUUGAAUCCCCUCUUGGGUCGCAUGUUAAUCAAAAAAGGCACCUGCCUUAAAAUGGGUGAUCGUGAAAUUGAUUUUAAUCCGAAAUUUCGUUUGAUUUUACACACCAAACUGGCCAAUCCCCACUACAAACCCGAAAUGCAGGCUCAAACAACACUCAUCAACUUUACCGUUACCCGUGAUGGCUUAGAAGAUCAACUAUUGGCUGAAGUUGUAAAGGCGGAACGUCCUGACUUGGAGGUCUUGAGGACACGUCUAACUCAACAACAAAAUAAUUUCAAGAUUACAUUGAAACACCUUGAAGAUGAUCUGCUGCAGCGGCUAUCUUCGGCAGGAGAAAAUGUUCUCGAAGAUGUGGACUUGGUAAUGAAUUUGGAAAAGACCAAAAAGACUGCUGAUGAAAUUGAAAUUAAAGUGGCUGAGGCCAAAAUUACCGCCGUGCAAAUCGAUACGGCACGUGAAGCCUAUCGUCCAGCUUCGGAGAGAGCCUCAAUUAUUUAUUUCAUACUCAAUGAUCUCUUCAAAAUCAAUCCCAUAUAUCAAUUCUCUUUGAAAGCCUUUACAGUAGUCUUUGCCAAUGCCGUAGCCAGAGCCCAAACUUCGGAGAAGCUGAGAGAGAGAGUGCAGAACCUCAUUGAUUCCAUAACCUAUUGCAGUUUUAUGUAUACCUCUCGCGGCCUAUUUGAGGCCGACAAACUGAUCUUCCUGACCCAGUUGUGCAUACAAAUACAAAUCAAUGCCGGCGAAGUGGAACCAGUGGAAUUGGACUUUCUGCUACGCUUUCCCUAUAUGGUCAAUGUAACCUCCAAUCUGGCCUUCCUCAACAAUGUGGGCUGGGGCGGCAUCAGGGCCUUGAGUAACUUGCCAGCUUUCAAAAAUCUAGACAAAGACAUGGAGGAUUCCCACAGGCGUUGGAAGAAGUUCAUUGAUGCCGAAUGCCCUGAGCGGGAAAAACUCCCCGGAGAAUGGAAGGGCAAAACGGCCAUCCAAAGAUUGUGCAUAAUGCGUUGCUUACGGCCCGAUCGCAUGUCCUACUCCAUGCAGGUGUUCAUAGAGGAAAAACUGGGCUCCAAAUACAUAGAUGCUCGCUCUAUGGAGUUUGCCCGCACCUUUGAAGAAUCGAGUCCAGAGACGCAUAUUUUCUUUGUCCUCUCGCCUGGUGUAGAUCCCUUGAAGGAUGUUGAAAAAUUGGGCAAAGUCCUAGGCUUCCAUGGUGACCACGAUAACUUCCACAGUGUCUCUUUGGGCCAGGGCCAAGAGAUAGUGGCUGAGAAUGCCAUAGAAACGGCCUCGCGCAAUGGCCACUGGGUGGUCUUGCAAAAUAUUCAUUUAGUGGCUCGUUGGCUACCUGCUUUGGAGAAGAAAAUGGAAGCCUCCUUGUUGGAUGUUCAUCCUGAUUAUCGCCUGUUUUUGAGUGCUGAACCUGCAGCCGAUCCCGCCUAUCAUAUACUGCCACAAGGUAUUCUAGAGUCGGCCAUUAAGAUCACCAACGAGCCCCCCACUGGCAUGCAGGCCAAUAUCCACAAGGCCCUGGAUAACUUCAGUGAUGAGACUUUGCAAAUGUGUUCCAAGGAAACCGAAUUCAAGGCCAUACUCUUCUCUCUGUGCUACUUUCAUGCCGUGGUGGCAGAGCGGCGCAAGUUUGGGGCCCAGGGCUGGAAUCGAGUUUAUCCCUUUAAUGUGGGCGAUUUGACCAUCAGCGUUUAUGUGCUCUACAAUUAUUUGGAGGCCAACAAUCAGGUGCCUUGGGAGGAUUUGCGUUAUCUCUUUGGCGAGAUAAUGUAUGGCGGCCACAUCACCGAUGAUAGAGAUCGUCGUUUGUGCCGUACCUACCUGGAGGAGUUCAUGCAGCCGGAAUUGAUUGAUGGCAAAUUGGAGUUUUGUCCUGGCUUUCCGGCGCCUGGCAUUCUAAAAUAUGCCGGCUACCAUGACUACAUAGAUGAAAAUCUGCCUGCCGAAAGUCCCAAUUUAUAUGGCCUCCAUUUGAAUGCAGAAAUUGGCUUCCUAACCACAGUCUCCGAACGCCUGUUUCGUGUGGUCUUUGAGCUACAGCCUCGUUUGGCAGGUGCUGGCGAUGCUGCUGGUGAUGCCCUAUCGCAAGAUGAUGUGGUCAAAGGCAUGCUUGAAGAUUUGCUGGACAGAAUACCCCCACCCUUCAAUAUUCCCGAACUUAUGGCUCGAGUGGAGGAUCGUAAUCCUUAUAUUUUGGUUGCCUUUCAAGAAUGUGAACGCAUGAAUAUUCUGAUGGCUGAGUUGAAACGAUCCCUGAAUGAAUUGGAAUUGGGUUUAAAGGGUGAACUCACCAUAUCCUCCAUAAUGGAGGCUUUGAUGUCGUCUUUGUUCAUGGAUCAGGUACCCGAGUCCUGGACCAAAUUGGCCUAUCCCAGCACUUUGGGUUUGCAAUCGUGGUUUGCUGAUUUGCAGCUGCGUUUGCGCGAAUUGGAAACUUGGGUGGCAGAUUUUCGUUUGCCCUCAUCCGCCUGGUUGGGGGGUUUCUUCAAUCCUCAAAGCUUUCUCACAGCCAUUAUGCAGCAGACAGCAAGGAAGAAUGAAUGGCCCCUGGAUCGUAUGUGCCUCAAUACGGAUGUGACCAAGAAGUUUAAGCAUCAGAUAUCAUCUGCUCCCCGCGAGGGAGCCUAUAUCAAUGGCCUCUUCAUGGAGGGUGCCCGUUGGGAUAUGCAAUUGAAUACAAUAGCCGAUGCUUUUCAUAAGGAACUAUUCCCUGCCAUGCCGGUGAUAUUUGUCAAAGCCGUACAAAAGGAUAAACAGGAUACAAAAAACGUCUAUGAAUGUCCUGUUUAUAAAAUCCGACAACGUGGUCCCACUUAUGUUUGGACAUUUAAUUUGAAGACCAAGGAAAAGGCUGGCAAAUGGACAUUGGCGGGUGUUUGUCUGCUGUUACAAACUUAAAAUGUUUAUUCAGCAGCUUUUAGAAAACGGCUCUCACAAGAGAAUCCAUUAUCCACAAUAUGACAAAAUACACAAGCACACACACACACACACACACGCAGACAUACAUACACCUACACUUGUACUAAGGUCCUCCAACUCCAUAGGACUUCCUUGCAUACCUAUUGCUGCCAAUACUUAUGAUCUAAGGACUGUCGUCUGUUAUUGUCAAUUCUUAUCAGUGAAUGGCUCUGUGUGAGUGUGUGUGUGUGGGAGUUUGUAUGGAAAGGAGGAGUUCUGACACACAUACAUACAUAUAUAUUCUACAUCUAUACAAAGAGUUUUUGUUCAUUGUCAUAUUUCUUUUACAUGCCAAAAUAGAAUCGUAAAAAAACAA